AUGCUCCGCUAUUUCACCAGCAACCACGAUGACUCGCCUGGUCAGUGCCCACAGACACCUCCCCCUUCGUCAUAUAUCUGCAAAAUGCGAGACAGGCAUAAACUGGAUGCGAUCGACUCUUUAUCACUGGAACACUACUUCUAUUCGUCUUGGAGAAGUUUCGCCCAGGACUCUCGCACUGAAGGUAUCUGGCUUGAUAUUGUUGCGGAUCUUGCAUAUAACCAUCCGUUCCUCUUACAUGGUAUCUUAGCCUGUACGGCAUUGCAUAUGGCCCAUCUCUACCCGGCGCAACGGGAGACCUACAUUAUUCGUGCAUACGCGCACCAAGACUCUGCACUACCGCUGUUCAGGUACGAAAUCGAGCAUCCCACGACAGAAAACUGUGAGGCGAUAAUCGCAUUCGCAUAUCUCCUGGUCGUCUUCUCUUUCGCAACGGAACUGGAUAAUGGUCAGAACUCGCUACUUCUCGUCUGUAACACGGACACAGGGGUUCAAGAGAAACGGUUAAUUCUCCCUCAAUGGUUACAUUUUAUUCGAUGCAGCUGCGACAUGCUUAGCGAGGUAUGGAGCCAGAUUGAGAGCUGUCCUGUCAGCGCUCUAACUGAGGCAUGGGAAACGGAACUGGAUGUUGGCGAUAGCAAACUUCCUUACUUGGAGCAUUUCAUGUCCAUCGUCCCUCAAGAUGGGUCGUGGUCUGAGCAUGUUAUAUCCGUCUAUCAGGACGGGGCGAGUGCAUUGGCUGAUGUAUUUGCGUAUUUGGAUCAGGAAACGACCACGAUUGAUGUUAGUAUGUGGAAUAUUCUCGGGCUGUGGUGCCUGCGACUCGAAGACGAGUUUUAUGAUCUUAUCUUUGAGAGGCAUCCUGGGGCCUUGAUUCUCCUUGCCCAUUACUGUGUGAUUAUGAAGGGAAUGGAGACCUGUUGGUAUUUUGAAGGGAGGCCAGCGAAGCUUAUUGCGGCGAUUUUAAGUGUUCUCGAUGAACGGUGGCAUCCUUACCUUCAGGAGGCAGCAUAUCAAAUUGUGGGUUCUCAUUAG